CUCCCAACUUCAACAACCCUACAACACCAUGAGAUUCAAGACCUCCGUACGGAAUAUCCAGACUUUCACGAAGCUCACUGCUUCGCUUUCCUCCUUAGGAAAGGUAGCAUGGGUACGUCUGGACAAUGAUGCCGUACGCUUCACAAUCAUCCCAGAGACAGGCACGCAAGUAUGGGCCUCCCUUUCAAUCGACUCCAUCUUCGAAGACUACACCAUCCAAUCCGCCGCCCCCAACAACACAAUCAACCUCGAGCUGCCCCUCACACCCCUCCACCGCGCCCUCAAAUCCGCCAUAAACGCCACUUCCGCCUCCAUACGACUCACCAAGAAAGACGGCGUGCCAGUCCUCUCCCUCACAAUCAUCACCAACACCAUCAGCAGUGGCCACAGCGGGCACGGCUUCCUCAAUGGACCUGGCUCCAGCGACCCCUUCGGCGAUAAUGCGUUUCGGGAGGAGAGUCUGGACGCGGGUAUGGGACGCGACAGAGAGACGAUUGUGACGCAGGAUAUUCCCAUUCGAGUCCUGACGGCGGAUAGUGUGGAGGGGAUUCAUGAGCCUAGAGUGCGCGAGUCGGAUGCGCAUAUCAUCCUCCCGUCGCUGAUCCAGCUGAAAGCUAUUUCGGACCGGUUCACGAAAUUGGCGAUGGCCACGACGAAUGGGCGGACUUCCACUGCCGCGCCAAAGUUGGAACUAGCUGCUAAUAUGCAUGGGAGUUUGAAGUUGAGCAUUGCGACUGAUGCGCUGAAUAUCUCGAGUGUGUGGACGGGAUUGACUAAUCCGGAGCUGGAUCCGAGACAGGUAGAAGAUGGGGCGGAUUUGGAUGAGCAUCCGAGUAUGAAGUUGAAAGCUGCUGGGCCGGAUGCGUGGUCGACGGUUAGGAUUGAUGGGAGGGACUGGGGAAAAGUGCUGAGUGUUGGGAGACUUGGUGGACGGGUCAUUGCUUGUUUCUCUGAUGAGCAUGCCCUGAUUCUCUACGUGUAUCUGUCAAACUACGAUGGAGCUGACGAGUCUGUCCUGACUUAUUACAUCUCAUCCUUCAGCGUAUGAUUCCAUGAGGGAACCUGUUUUUUUUAAGCGACGGUGUUUGGGAGUUUGAUACCUCUUGGCUUGGCUGG